AGUAAAACGAAUUCAUAUUGCCGCUUUUUAUAGAUGUCACUAAUAUAAUCAAAUUUAAAGGUUAUUUAAAUCCAACUUGUUAUCUUGUAUCUAAAAGUGAAAAUGGAGCUCGAUCCCCAAACUUUUUUUAGUAAAUUAAACAAGAGCAUACACGAUUCGACGUAUAACGAAUCCUUUAGAAUUUUAGACUCUUUCAAUAGAAUUUUAAACGAAGAACAAACUGAUCGAGAAUUUAUUGAUUCAUAUUUACCUCAUAUAUUUCAUACAGAAAAUUCUCUAUUAAAGUUUGUAAAUAGUGCUAGAAAAAAUAAAUGCUUGAAAAAAUCUUGUGAAAAAGCUUUAGAGAUUAUAUAUACGAUUUUAAAUAAUUGUUACAGUAGAAUUCCUGAAAAGGAUAUACUUUUAGUAUAUAGCGUAGCUUCUGAAAUAUUUCAUUCAACAACCGAUUCAAGUAUUAAAUGUAAAUUUUUCGAUAUAGUUCAGAAAAGUUUAGAAUUGAAUGACGGAUGUGUUAGUACGAGUGCUACUAUUGUUUAUAAAAAUAUUGUUAAUAAAAUUAUGAUGAGCAUCAGACAAACAUCUGCAGAUUCAGUCAAAGCGAAAGAAAUGGAAUUGUUGGGUUACAUAUCAAAAAAAUUCCCUUUCAUAUUAGAUAAACCUCAAGAUAUUAAAUCACGUUUUUGGUACUGUUUUGAUAUGUAUUGCGCAUCAAUCCAAAGAAAACUUUCUCAAAAAGUUCUUGAAGGUUUUUAUAAUGGAUAUGGGUACUACAUAGAAAGUUUUCCUAUGAAUUUGAAUUUUGGUGAUGAUAAAAUGAAACUAGACAGUUUUUAUAAGAAUUUGAAACAUCUGGUUAUAUUAAAUGAAAAGGAAAGGAUCAAAAUUGGAAAUAAAGCUGCUAUUAAAUUUUUUUCGAAUUAUUCUUGGAUGUUCAAGGAUCAUUUGUUAAAAGAAUAUAAAUACUGGCAUGAGAAACUUUUAGUUUGGUUUACGUUUAAUGCAGAUUGUCAAAAAAUUGGAUCUGCUGCUCUAAGAUCUUUUUGUCAAACGUUAUCUAAAGGUUUAGAAGAAAGCGAUAAUUCUGAUUGUAAAAAUAUAAUUCAGUAUUUCGUAAGUUAUAGUAAAAAAUCUUUGCUUACUGAAAAUACUUCCAAUUUAAUAAAACGACAUUCGAUAUUUUGCUUAAGAGAACUUUCCCAAUCGGCUUAUAAACAUUUGGAACAAUACGAAUUAACAGAUUUAUUUCUGUUCAUAAUGCAAACGUUCGAACGCACUUUUAUACAAGAUUAUAAAGAAGAUAGCGAUGAAAAAGAAUAUUUACCGGAUUAUUUGCAAACUGUGGCAAAUUUUGUGAGAUUUAAACAAUUGAGUACUACGGAAUUGUUUUGUUUACAAAAAGGUGUUAUUACAAUGAUGAAAUCAUUCCAUUUGUUACCGGUACUACAUCAUUAUUUGAUCAUAGAUUCUCUACUACUUACACUUUUCUAUCUGAAGGAUACGAAGUACUUUGAUAAUUUCGUUGAAAACGUCGUUUAUCAAGGCGUGAUAUAUUCUUGUUCCCACCAACACAUAUCCGUCGAAGCGUUUUUAGAAGGAUCCCCUCAAAGUAUCGUGACCGUAAACAAUUAUUUACCCCUUUGGAAGGGGUUGUUAAAUUUGCGUUCGCACACGCAGUACGAUAAGUACCGAUUCUAUUUGGAUUCGAGGAAAUACGUACUGGAAAGAAUAGUUAAUGAAUUGAUAAAAACUCUGAUGAUUUUGAUAAAUAAAUUGAACGUAUCGCUAAAAGAAGAAGACGACGAUUUCACCGACGUGGAAAAAGCUUUUAAAACGGAAAAAAUCAACGAUUACGUCAUAUUUUUGAACACGGUCGAUUUUUAUUCGAUUAUAAUCGAUGACGUGGACCCGAGGUUACUGAAACGGUGCAUUUGCAAGAUGAUCGAUCACGUGAUGACGAAAUCCGCGCAAUUUCCUUUAAUCAGCGGUUUUUAUAAACUGAUCUCCUAUUUUUUGAAAGUUUCCAAGCAAAUAUCCUUGUUCGAUAUCGACGAUAACGACGUAAAAUCGUGCAAGGAAUCCGUGGCGUCAUUUUUGUCGAUCCUUUUCGACAAAAUGGCCGAAUUUAAGGACGAUUUGUUAAUUUCUUGUUUGCGAAUCGUGCUCGAAGCCCCCGUGUCCGUAAUAGAAGAUAUGUUGCCGGCUUGUGUCGCCCCUUUCAUCAAUAUUUUCGAAAUCGGAAGAAGUUAUUUACCCCUGGCGGAAAUAGGGAUAGAUACGUUGGAAUAUUGGCAGGAUAAUAUACGGGAAGACGUCCUGGAACCGAUUUUGGGCGAGAUAAUUCCGAGCUUGGAUAGUUUUUUGAGAAGCAAGUUUCUCAAAGGCUACAAUUCCGAAUCGGUGCGAAAGAGACGGAAGACCGUUCAGGUUUUGAAAAAGAGGAAAAUUGUCGAGGAAACCGAACCCGAAUUGAUAAGAUUGCAAAGGAAAAUACUCGGUUUUAUUGGUAGACAGAGUUUGAGGAACUGUCGGGAUUUUAUCUUCUCGGAUUCGACGUUUAUACAAAAUCAGAUCAGCGGGCAAAAUGUACAUUUGAAAAUUACGCUGCCUUAUGAAGAUCUGCAAUUGGAGAUGCAUUUGGAUACAUUUUUACCUAGGAUUGUGGAACUGGCUCUAUACAGCAGCGAUAGGAAAACCAGGAUAACUUCUUGCGAGCUGUUGCAGGCGUGUGUGAUGGUGUUUUUAGGUAGAGCCAAACCAAUGAGCUCAGCCGGAUUAGAAGAUUUGAAUGUCGUACUAAAAACGUUACUCAAACCGUUAAUUAUAUUGAGCUGCGAUAUAGAUCAAGUUGUACGACAAAUUUUUGAGCCUCUAUUUUUCCAAUUGAUCCACUGGUACACGUCCCCAAUCCAAUCUCGAAGUCUGCACACCAGCAUCGUCAUCGAAACCAUGAUGGAAACUAUAACCCAUCCUACUAAUUCAAAUUUGAAAGAUUUCUCCGGCAGAUGCGUCAAAGAAUUCGUCAAAUGGACUCUAAAACACGAAAAACUCGAUCCUCAAAUCAACAUCAAAGUUUUAGUCAAACAAAUGAGGUUUUUUAGCAACCACCCGGAUCCUGCUAAAAAAUUAGGGGCUGCUUUGAUAUUUAACAAUAUAUAUAGAGAAUUGAGGGAAAUCGAGAAAUUAGUUAGUAUAUUCUGGUUGGAAAUACUUCAUAUAUUUAUACAGAGUUUAGAUUCUGUUUGGGGUUACGAAGAAACUUCGGUUGUUGUACAAACUAAACGAGCUCUGGUACAUCUACAAAGAGUUAUUAUAGAAAAACCUUCGAUUUUUAGAAAGUUUGAUAAGGAACGAAGGAUCCCUAACGAUUUAGAACAAGGAUUGUUAAUAAAUCUCUCUAAUUGGUUAUUAAAACAAACAGCGAGUAGUAGUUUACAUUGCAGAUGUGUCAGUAUGGAGAUUUUUAUAAAUAUAGCCCCAUUAUCUACUGGAAAUAAUCAAAAUUUAAGACGUUUUAUUGAGGAGAAUGUCGAUUAUACUGUAUCUAGUUUAUACGAUACACGAUUAAUUGAAUUUAAUUCCCUUAAAGGGGAAUCCUAUAUUGACUGCGCCAGUUUAUUCAAAUAUUUACGCCAUUUUAUAUGCGCUUUGGAUGGAUAUAAAUUUAUCGUUGCCAAUAAUUUAGAAAAAAUAGAUUUCGAACAAAGUAUUUUUAAAGAGAUACAAUUUUUUUUACAAAUUUUAUUACCUGCUGAUUUAAUUACAACUUUAAAUCUAAUAGAAACGAAAACUUGGAAUUUUUCUAAUAUGGAAAAAAAUUUAUUUAUUUCCAUGAAGGAAAUUUGUGUUUCGACUUUACUAAAAUUGAUAAACGCUUUAUUACACAACGAAAUUUUAUUUAAAAGUUCUAGUAACAUUUGGACGAACGAAAUUUGGUAUUUUAUUACAAAUAUCAUACUUCAACCCCAAGGAUUAAACAACAGGACAACUACAGAUAUACUAACAGUUAUCCUUAAUACGAUACCUAAUAAAUUCCCUAAUGAAUUAGGGUUGAAAAAAUGUAUUGAAGAUAUUAUAAAAAAUUACCAAUUCACCCCUAUAAAAUUAGAUAGAAAUGUGCCUUUGAAACAGAGGAAUUUACUUAAAGGGGUGGUUUUAAUCAACAACACGUCCAUUGGGAAAACAAUGGCGCUUAAAAAGCAUAUUACUAAACUACUUUUUAUAUUUUUGGAAAAUUUAUUAAAAGAAGAACAAGAUGGAACUAUUUUUAUCAAUAAUUUACAAGAUACUACUUAUAAUUACAUACAGGGUGUGUUGAAAUUUGUUAUGGACGAUGAAAUUGUGUUCAAUAGGAUAAUAGAAGUUUCGCAUUCGAUAUUGAAGGUUCAAAGUAUCGAAAUGAGUUGUAAGAUUAGUUUCGGUGUAUAUUUUUUAACAACGUUUAAAGAAAGCGUUAUUCCAAUUGUUGUUAAUAAUUUCGAAAAGUUUUUAGUACUUUCCCUUAAGCAAAAUAACAUAAAUAUCACCAUGGAACUUAUAAUUUACAUUUUAAGUUAUGUUAUCGAAGAAAAAGAAUAUAAGAAGUCGUAUAAUGAUAUAAUUAAUAAUUUGUUGAUGUUUUGGAACAACUUCGUUGAUUAUUUCAGUGGAAAUGUAAAAAUUGGGGUGGAAUUUUUGAAAAAAAUCGUUCAAAUAACGGAUACUACAUCUCCUGAUAUUCAAAAUUGGUUAAUAGAAUGUGUGAUAAAUGGUACAGGUAGUGACCAUUUGGACAUGUUCGAUUUAAUGGCGAAAAUGAUGGGUUUUGAUCUAAAUGAAAAACAGAGCAACGCAUUAAAAACAUCUCUGAUGGUCCUUAAUGAAAAAAUAUAUUCACAAUCUAAGGAUCACCAAAUAAUUGAGAAUAAUUUCAACAAACUAGUGACUUUCUUACCUGUAGUAAAAUCGGAUGUAAUUUUCGAAUACCUAACGGAAAUAUAUAUAACCAAAGCCAAAAACGUUGAAAUAUACAAUUUGGUAGAAAAAUUUACUAAACGUUUAGAUAGCAGAUUACAGAGUCUGUUUUUGGAAAGAAUAUACAAGAAAAUUUCAUCUUCUAUCGAGCACAAGUACGAAAUGGCUAAAGAAAUUUUAUCCCCUAUGUUCGAAAAUUGCGAACUUGAAGUUUUCGAACAAUUUUUCGUUAAUAACAUUGAAAAUAUACUGAAAACUUUCCUUGAAAACGACCUAUUAAAUUGUACGAUCAAUUUUAUUCUUGUGGAAAUUUUAUUUUUGAGAAUACCAAUUGGAACACCAGAGAGAAUAACCUGUGCUAUUUCUACGGCUUCCAAACAACCAAAAUUGCUUCGUGUUUUAUUGGAAUUCGCCCUCAACGCGUUCCAGGUACCCAAUAAAGAUGAAAUUACCAGAAAAUAUAAAUGUCACGCUUAUAACGCUUUAACUUCAAUCAUAUGCAAUUCGGUUAGAGAAAAUGUUUAUUAUGAAAAACUCUUUGUUAGACGAUCUAAAUCUGAUAAUUUUGAUAUAUUAUGGCACGGUAUAGUAAAUACUGAAAUCCAGUAUGAUUUUCCGAAAGAUUUCGAUUCGAUACCGGUUCAAAAAAAGAUUUUAGUCAAUAUUAGAGAUGAACUUAGACGCAGCAGAAGCGAAACAGGUACGACGAUAAAAAGUUUAAAAUACAUCGAGUCCCAAAGGCUUUUUAACAGUUCUUUAAGCGAAGACGUUACAAAAUUUGAUUUCACUAAUAGUUUUAUACGCGAUGAAGCAAAAUUAGGGGAGAGUGGAGCAUUAAAAAGCGAAAUAUUUUUGGAUACAACUGAAAUCAAUAGACACGAAUGUAUGAGUACGAUUUGUAGCUUAAUUCAACACAUGCGCGCAAAAGGUAUUUUUCAAUUACCAACACAGGAUGAUGACGAUGUAAAACUCCCUUCCUGGAUGGAAGGAAUUAGAUUGCUGCUUCUAAAUAAAAACACACAUAAAAAUGUAAAAAUUUUUCUAGUGAAAAUUAUCGAUAAUUCCUUGGAAAUAUUUUCCUUUUACGCAAAGUGGUUCUUGGAACCUCUUAUACAAUUCGUGGUGGAAAAUUCCGCCGGUUGUACCAUAAACUAUUUCGUUUCCGACGUGCUCGUUAUUAUAUCACAGUGGGCGUCGGAAAUAGCGAAUCUUUCUGAUAACGAAUCUCGAUUAGCUUCGAAUCUGUUGGAUUUUUUCGUUAAAAAUUUGGAAAAGGAUCGCCAGGACGUUUUCAAAUACAACCUGGAACUACUCAAAUUGAUAGUGGAAUCCUGGAAGCAGUACCUCGCGGUACCAACCGGUACAAUACGGGAAAUGUUCGACUCGGAACGACGUUCCGAGAUUGCGGUUUACGUUGCUUCCGUUUUUUUGGUAAACGGCUUGCGGCCUUGGUCGAUAGGGCGAGAACGCGAAUUUUUAGAUUUGAUGUUGAGAAAACUUAAUUGCAAUACUCGACACAUUUAUAGAGCUUGCGCCGAAACUUUGGGUUCUCUUUUGAGCGUUUUAGAUUCUCCGGAAUACGUGGAAAAAGUCGACGGGGUUUUGGGUAAGAUGGCGGAUUUGGAAAAGUACGUCGUUUGUCUUGAAGGUAUAGCUAUAAAAUACCCAACAAUAGUCAACACGUUCCACGCGGCUCGUCUGAUAAGUUCGUACAAUCAAGUAUUGCCGAUCCAAAAGAUCGUCCACUUAAAAAUACUCUACAGACGGCUAGACACUUCCUUAGAUAUCCUGGAGGAAAUGAGCGAUUUCAAAAUAGUCAAUUGGCACGAACACAUCGACGAUUCCAAUUUGGACAUACAAAUUUUAACUAUGGAAAUAAUCAAAAAGUGUUUGAAGGUGUUCGCGACUUAUCCGGACUUCGAGAAAGUUUCCGAGGCCCUGUCCAGGAAUACCCACCACCCCAACUCCAUUUUCAGGGGUUGUAUGUACGACGCGGCCAUCGGAAUUUACAAUUUGAAAAAGGAUACAACGGGCGCUUGUAAGCAAAUUCUAAUUUCCGGUUUGAUCGAUUCGAAUUCGGACAAUCGACAAAAGAUAAUCGAUUUCUGGAUGGAUCCUUCCGUCCUACCGUCGACGGUCACCGAUAGAUUUUCUUUUCUGUUGUCGCAAAUGUACAAAUCUGAUAUAGAAGACAAACUGUUGGGUCUUUGUACGUACUUUCUGAUCGGGCUUUUGGAUACAAGCGAAAAGUACGAUACGGAAAUUUUCGAACACCCUUUAGAAGAUUGCGAUUUCGAGGAAUACAAAUUGCGGACCGAUUGGAAGUUGCAGCAUCCCUCGGUGGUACCGAUGUUCGCCGAAACUUUGGAUAUCGGCGCUUUCGACAAUGAAUCGUCUGGCUCGGCCGAUAGGGACGUUUUCGCUCUGCGUCGCACUCAAACGAAUUUCGAAUUCGCCGCCACGCAGUCGUUUCGACUACAGCAGAUUUCGAAGUAUACGGCGCCGGAAAGUAGUUUGGGCGUCGAUGUCGAACCGCGAUUCAAACAUCCGAAUGCUUUUGGUUUACAUAAGGUCCAAAAGAGGAGGUUUUUGAAAGAUAAAAGCGAAAUAUCGAGGUUGAUGGCGCACCGCGAGACGAACAAGCGAAUCGAGGAGGAAAAAGCGAGAAAAGAAAGCGAUUCGGAAAGAGAAAGGAAGAUUACUAUUUACAGGAGUUACCGGAAAGGGGAUUUCCCCGAUAUACAGAUACCUCUGUCGGCGCUGUUGAAACCUUUACAGAUAUUGGCGUCGCACGACCAGGAAAUUUCCAAAAUUCUGUUUUUGGAAAUAUUCAAAGGGGUCGCUUCGAAAAUCGAGAACAACCGAUUUUUCUUAACGACCGUUUCGGACGGUAUAAAAAUUAUCUUCAAUACUUCCGUGCAAUUUGAUAGACACCUUUUUACCGCCCUAUUGGAUAUAUUGUUGAAAAACAAAGAAAAAAUGUCGGUGGAUCCUAAAUUGUUGUCGUACGUAGCACUGGAAAGCGGUUUGGCGUCAACCGGAGCCCUGUUGAUCGAAGAAUACAUAAUUCACGACGUCGACGACAUCGAUGGACCUACCGCAAGCAAAAGAACUUUCAAAGAAGAUAAUAAAGAUACGCUUUAUUGGAUUAAGUUGGCGGAGUUAUAUAAAGAAUUGGAAGACUGGGACGUGGUGAAAGCGAUUUUUUUAGAAAAAAUGGACCGCAAGGAAUCAUUCCAAAAAGCCGUAACUUUCGAAUCGAAAUGUUUAUACAGGGAAGCCUCGAAUUUAUAUAAACAAUUGAUACACGAAGAAGAAUCGCAAAAUAAAAAAGAUUUUUACUACGAUUCGUAUUUCAAGUGUUUCGCCAAUUUGGGGGAAUGGGGAGAAAUCCCGAGGGCGAUUAAAUCGGUAGUGGAUAACGAGAAUACGUGGGACGGUUUGUGGAACGACGAAUGGGCCAAACGGAAACUUCUGCCGUGGUACAUAACCUCUCGAGUCAAAAACGAAUUGUUCCGACGGAGUUCCGAGGUGGAAUUUUUGGACGAAUUGAACGGUUGCUUGAAGGAUUCGAAAAAAUUGGAUUAUCUGAACGGUCGCUUUGCCGAGGAGCUGUGCGCCCUGUGGUUGAGCGAAGGAGACAUACCGACCGCCGAUCGGUACUCGAAGACGUGUUCCAAGCACUUCUUGGCCAACUGGCAAAUAUUGAAUCCGAUGUUUCAGUCGCAGCGGUACCGAAAUUUACUCGGAUUACGAAACGUCGCGGAAAUAUCGGAUUUCAUCGAUUUUUUCAAUAAUUUCACCGACGAUAUCGACGUUAAAUUGAAAAGUUUCAUCGGAAAAUGGUCGAGUAGAUCGAACGCACCGCGACCGCCUUCGGUGCUUCUGGCCGAAACUAAACUUCUAUACAGGAAACAGUUCGUUGAUAUUCUGAAAGAUAAAUUGGGGAAAAUCGAGGGGUUGGACGUCGAGGAAAACGUCCGUUUGUUGGAUAAAACGAAAAUUUCCAUGGACAUCGAUUUGAUCAAUUACGCGGCGGACGCGGGCAAUUUUUCUAUGGCCAAAAAAUACAUGGGGCCUUAUUUGCAUCGAGAUCAUCCCAAAUUGAACGAAGCCAAAGGGAGUAUUUACGUUUUGAAGGGGAAUAUGGCGAACGACGUCGCGGAUAAAAUAAAUUUUUUCCUCAAGGGCGUCGAUACUUUUCAAAAUCUCCUACAAACCGCAACCGAAGGAACCGUAAAAUUGUCUUCGAGCGGCAAAAUUUUCGACGCCCUCGUUACUACAACCGAAAUUUUGAACGCUAGCAACGAACUUUUCCAAAAUUUCCAAGAACAAUUAUCGAUCACGUUAAACGGCCGAAUCGAUUCGGUGGCCGACAUCGAAAACUACGGCUGGAGCAUUUUCAAAAAAACCGUGGAAAAUUGUACGGACGAAACGAUGGAUCGCGAAGAAUUCACCGCCGAUACGUACGACGCAGCGGUUUCCAAGGCUUAUACCAAAUUGGCCCAAUACGUAAUCGAUAAAAAUUGUAGCGAACGAAACGUCGAUUUAAUUUUGUUCGUACUACGCGCCAUGAGGAUGAAUUCCGUCGAAGCGAGACGGAUGUUUCCUUGUUUAUUGAUGCUGGACGAUCUCGGAGGCGAAUACAGGAACGUUUUUACGGUAGAGGCCGAAAAGGUGCCCGUUUGGAUGUUCUUAGGUUGGAUACCGCAAUUAUUAGCCAACGUCGAUUCCUCAAAAUUAUUCGCCAUAUCGGACGUAAUAAGAAGAAUCGCCGAAACUUAUCCGCAAGCUAUUAUGUAUCCUUACAGGAUAAGUAAGGAUAAUUACAAAUUUACCGAUAACGAAGUUCGAGUCGAAGCUGCGUCGUUAAUAGAGAGAUUGGACGAAUUAUUAUUGAAGGACGAAAACGUCAACAAAUUCCUCAAGGCGUUAUCCUACGUCAGCGUACCUGCCAAUAUCCUCAUAUAUCAUUUGCGCAAAAUCGAAAAUUCCACAGACGCCGAUAGUGUUCGAAAAUAUGUAAAGGCCGUUAUGGACGAUAUUUUCGUACCGGACUGCGGUAGCGAAAACGCGAAAAAUAUGCAGGGAAAUAUUUUCAAGGACAUCAAAAAGUUUCGAAAAAACUUCGAGAAUAUGUCUGGUAUGGAAUCGUCUACCCUCAAAGCGUUUUGUUCGAAAUUCGUUAAAAAUUUGAGAUCUCUGUUGAAUGUCGCGAAUAGCAAACUUUUGAAAGAUUUUUGUCCGUGGUUGGCGAAUUUUUCCGCAAAUAAACUUAAUGUGGAAUUGGAAAUACCCGGGCAGUAUGACGGACGACGGAUGCCUUUGCCGCAGUACCACGUAAAAAUAGCAGGAUUUCAUCCAGAAGUGAAAAUUAUGGAAUCUUUGAGGAAACCAAUAAAAAUGACAAUGCUCGGCAUGAAUACCAAAGAAUAUCCAUUCCUGAUUAAAUUCGGCGAAGAUAUAAGACAAGAUCAAAGAAUCGAGCAGAUGUUUUGUCUAAUGAACGACAUUUUGCGGAACGACGCCAUUUGCUCCAACAGCGGUUUAGAUAUUCUAACUUACCAGGUUAUACCGUUGACGCCGAAUUUGGGUAUCAUACAGUGGAUAAACGACGCUAUUCCGUUACAAACUUUCCUAGAUAAAUCAUUAAAAACGAAAAGGGGGCAAAAAGAUAUCCAUGAGUCGAUAAGAGAGGAGUACAUUUCAUUUUUGAACGUGAAAAAAAUGAAAGAAAUAGAUUUUUUCCGGAUGCAUGGAGACGCCGCGGAAAAUAUCAAAAAGGAAAAAAUCGUUACGAAAUAUAUGGGUUUCGUUAAGAAAAUACCAUGGGAUGCUCUUAGAACUUCAUUCUGGAGUUUAAGUACCAGCACGGAAAACUACAUCGCGCUGCGCAAUAAUUUCAUAAAAACCUACGCAGUAACGUGCGCCACCCAUUGGAUACUCGGCAUAGGAGACCGUCACCUCAACAACAUUCUAAUCUGCACAAGAAACGGCAAAGUUUUAGGCAUAGACUUCGGUCACGCUUUCGGUACCGCCACCCAAAUAUUACCAGUACCCGAACUGGUGCCGUUUCGACUUACCCCGCAUUUGACCGGCCUCAUGGCACCCCUGAAAGAAAGAGGCUCCUUCAGAGAAUACAUGAUAAGUUGUUUGAGAUGUUUGAGAGCCAGUAGCUCGCCGAUAUCCGCCACAAUGACCGUAUUCAUACGGGAACCUUCCAUCGAUUGGUUGGAGCACGCCGGUCGAACCGAAUCUAAAAAAAACGACACCUGGUACCCGAUGGCGAAAAUAAAUCAGGCGGCGCGCAAACUCGGAGGAGCGAAUCCGGCGGAUAUUAUGUUGGAGGAAUUGAGAGCCGGCACGAGAUUGGAAAAUUACACCGAGGCUUACAUUCGGCACGUUAAAGGCGACCCCGACGAUAAUUUAAGAGCGAGAUUGAGCGGUCGAAUGGAUCUAAGUCCGGAGGAUCAGGUGGAUUGUCUGAUAGACCACGCUACGGAUUAUAAUUUGUUGGGGAGGAUGUAUUUUGGAUGGAGACCGUGGGUUUGA